AUGCGCUUCCACCAAACGCCGCGACCGCUGCUACAGCUCAUCACCACCAUCUUGCUCGCCCCGCGGCAUUCACUCGCUUUCCCCAACGUCGGCUUCGAACUCGAAGAGCUGUUUGCUCGCGACUGCACACCAUGCGGCUACUACAAGCAGAUAUGCUGCGCAGCUGGCGAGACUUGCGGCACGAAUUCCGCCGGUCAAGCAGUCUGUAACGCUGGCCAGGUCACGGCAGCAGCAUCGGGUGGAUACUGGCAAUACAUCACCUCCACCUAUGUUGAGACAGAUCUGGUCACCAGAACGACCGUCAUGAGCACGUACAUAGGAGGUGCGGCCGCGACUGGCAUAGCUUGCAACUACGCGAACAACGAAUCGCCGUGUGGCUCCAUCUGCUGCGCCAGUGGGCAAUACUGCUUCAAGGACGGCCAGUGCACGAGCGCAGCGGGCGGUAGCAGCUCAGCAUACUACAGCUCCUACACAACUCCAGGCGCAACAGCAGGAGCACCAAUUCGACCGACCAGCUCUGACAACACAGUCGUUACUGCAACCAAGACCCCAACCACGACCGUCGCCUUCAUCGCUCCAGUCCCCACAGGCGCCAAUGUCACCCUCACCAGCGGCGAAAUGAACGGAGGUGGAGGGGGCCUGUCCGGAGGUGCCAUUGCCGGUAUCGUCAUCGGUGUCCUCGCCGGCCUCCUACUCCUCGGUCUGCUCUGCUUCUACUGCUGCCUCAAGGGUCUCCUAGACGGCUGCCUCGCGUGUUUCGGCCUGGGCAAGAAGAAACGCAGCCGCCGCACCGAAGUCGAAGAGUACGAGCGCUACUCCCACCACGAUUCACGACAUGGAGGCAGAACCUGGUAUGGCGCCGCACGACCACCAGCUCGAGUCGAUCGCACUUCCCGACACAGCGACCACAACAAGAGCAAAGGUAUCCUCGGCGUUGGUGCUGGACUUGCUGCAUUGUGGGCGAUCCUUGGCCUUAAGAGGAGGCAUGACAGGAGGGAUGAAAAGCAUGGUGGCACAGAGUAUUCUUACUCGAGUGAUUACUAUACAAGUUCGAGUAGCGCAAGCUCAGAUGAUCGUAGAACGCGGACAUAUGGCGGCCGCUCGCAGUCGCGGCGAUAG